UCCUCCAGAUCUGUUAAAACGGACUCGGUCUCAGAUCCUCGCCCCGCAGGUCGAUUUGGACACUCGACUCGCUCGUCAAGUCGCGCACUGAGGCGGUUCAGUGGAAGUACGGCUGCCAGCACUGCUGCGAGCUCAAUCAGUGAACUGGAAUCUUCCUCAGUGAAGCCAUGGCGCAUUGGAGUCUGCGCACUGGAUGUCAAAGCACGCAGCAAGCCCAGUCAAAACAUCCUCACUCGUCUCCAAUCGAAAGGAGAUUUCGAAGUCAUUGUGUUCGGAGAUAAAGUCAUUUUGGACGAAGCCGUAGAGAACUGGCCAGUAUGCGAUUUUCUCAUUGCCUUCUUCUCUGAUGGUUUCCCGCUGGACAAAGCGAUCGCGUAUGUCAAACUCCGGAAACCGUUCUGCGUCAAUGACCUACCGAUGCAGAAGGUGUUGUGGGACCGGCGAUUGUGCUUAAUGAUCCUGGACCACAUGGGGGUGCCGACUCCCAGGAGAAUGGAAGUCAAUCGGGAUGGCGGCCCCGUACUGGAAUCACCGGAACUCGCACAGCACAUCUACAAGCUCACCGGCGUCAGGCUGGACGGCCCAGAAGAUGGGACUGGGGGUGGCGCUCCUCGAACCCAGGACGUUUCCAUGUCCGAGGACGGGGAAGCUCUCAUUGUGGACGGAAAAGUCUUCAAGAAGCCGUUUGUGGAAAAACCGGUGAACGGCGAAGACCACAACAUUCAUAUCUACUUCCCCAACGAUCAGCAAUAUGGCGGCGGAGGCCGCAAGCUCUUCCGAAAAGUUGGAAACAAGAGCUCAGAAUAUGACAGUGACCUCGUCAUCCCGAGAUCAGUAACCGAAAAGGAUACGAGUUACCUGUAUGAGCAGUUCCUCCGGGUUGACAAUGCGGAGGAUGUCAAGGCGUACACGGUUGGACCUGACUUUUGUCACGCCGAGACUCGCAAGUCUCCCGUGGUUGAUGGGCUUGUGCGGCGUAAUACGCAUGGAAAGGAACUCCGAUACAUCACCAAGCUGAGCAAAGAGGAGGCGACCAUUGCCUCGAAGAUCUCCAAUGGAUUUGGUCAGAGAAUUUGCGGUUUUGAUAUGUUACGUGUCGGGGACAAAAGUUAUGUCAUUGAUGUCAACGGCUGGAGUUUCGUCAAGGACAACAAUGACUACUAUGAUAAAUGUGCCAACAUCCUCCACCACACAUUCUUGAGCGAGAGACGCAAGUUUGAGGAAAUCGAAUCCUCCGAACCACCCUCGCCGGACUUAGGACAAUCCCGAAGAAGCACCGCUGGAUCCCACAGGCAAGCACUGAAGACGUUGCUCAAGUCCCCGAGUACAUCCCGGCUGUACGGCAGCCAGAGUACUUCAAAAGCAGCCGACAAUGUCCCAUCAUCAGAUACAUCUACCGCUGCUCCCUCCCUCGCCUCUUCAUCAGGUUUUGAGAAUCCCGACCAAGGAACUCAUUUCAGCACCACGAAUCCAUCGGAAGGACGCUCUAGUUCGCGUGGCUACAGUCCUUCCAACACGAAAUCCCCGGCCAUUUCACUGCACAUUGCCAACGAAGAAGCCCCUCCGCCUCUUCCGGCCUCGAAGCACUCAUGGAAGUUGAAGGGCAUGGUAGCAGUUAUUCGGCAUGCAGACCGCACUCCCAAGCAGAAAUUCAAGUUCACCUUCCAUAGCCAGCCGUUUGUGGAUCUGUUGAAGGGCCAUCAGGAGGAGGUCGUGAUCAAAGGAGAGGCUGCCUUGUCUAGUGUCUCGGAGGCCGUUAAAAUAGCACUAGCGCAAGGGCUGGAGGAUCGGGAUAAGCUCAAACUGCUCCAAACCUCAUUGGAGAAGAAAGGCGGUUGGCCAGGGACCAAAGUCCAGAUCAAGCCCAUGUUUCGAAAACGGAAACCGGAGGAGAUGCGAGAGCAAAUCCCCACCGUUCCGAUAGCCUCGUCACGAGAUGCUCCCUUGGAGGAACCAACGUCGCCCAUAUCAAGUGAACCCCCGGUUGACAACGAGAGCCUUCGCCGGUCACAGACCCGGAGUGACUCUAUCUCUGGAGCCACAUUCUCUCGAUUCUCGGCUGCUGAAAAUGACCUCAUCCUGGACAAACUGCAGCUGGUCAUCAAGUGGGGAGGAGAGCCGACGCAUGCAGCACGUUAUCAAUCGCAGGACCUGGGGCUUAACAUGCGGGAUGAUCUCAAGUUGAUGAACAAGGAGGCACUCAAUAACGUUCGUCUUUUCACGAGCUCCGAGAGAAGAAACGAUUUGCCUGAUGAUUUCAUUCAAGUGCGAAAAGAUUUGCUUGAUGAUUCGAAUGCUGCCAAGGAUGUCAUGGACAAGGUCAAGAAGAAGCUGAAGCUACUCCUGCGCGAAGGAUCCGCACCGUCUCAAUUUGCAUGGCCCAAGGAUACCAAUAUUCCAGAGCCCUCAGUGGUCCUUGCUACCGUGGUGGAACUGAUGAAGUUCCACCGCAGCGUCAUGCGGCAUAAUUUCGAGAAGCUCAAUAGCUCUGCUCGCGGCUCACCGGACAGAAGCCCAGAAGCCCCGGGUCAGUCGAAUCAGGUGGAUUCGCAGACGGAUAGCUCCCAUAUUUCUUCUAUCCAGGGUCGCUGGUGUGCUGGUGAGGACCCACGACUCUUCAAGGAGCGAUGGGAGAAGCUUUUCGCAGAGUUCUGUGACACCGAAAAGGUUGACCCUAGCAAACUCUCUGAGCUUUAUGACAGCAUGAAAUUCGAUGCGCUGCACAACCGACAGUUCCUGGAAUGGGUCUUUGUGCCCCCGGAUGAUGACCGGGAAGAGGAUGAACGGAGCAGCACCAAAGGCAAGGGUUCCACCAAAUCGGAUCUGGCUGUGGAUAAACCACCCUAUGAGGCCACGACCGAGAAAUCCGAAGAGCGCUCAGAGAACCAGACCUUUGCCCACCGGCUAGGCUUGAAGAAGCGCGCGCAGGCCCUAGAUUCUCUACCGCAUCUUCGGGCACUGGAUGAUUCCUAUGGCCAUUAUUUCAAGCUGUUCCCGGGCUCGAACUCAACCAACUCCAAGAUGGAUGAGCGGCUGUCCAAGCUGCGGGAGCUGUACAAGUUGGCCAAAGUUCUGUUUGACUACGUGACGCCUCAGGAAUACGGCAUUACGGACAGCGAGAAGCUGGAGAUCGGCCUCCUCACGUCUCUCCCUCUGCUCCGGGAAAUUGUGCGAGACCUGGAGGAGGUGCAAGCCUCCCCCGAUGCGAAAUCGUUUUUUUACUUCACCAAGGAGUCCCACAUCUACACGCUGCUGAAUUGCAUUCUCGAGGGCGGCAUCCAGACGAAGAUUGCGAGAAGCGCCAUCCCCGAGCUCGACUAUCUGUCACAGAUCUGCUUUGAACUGUACGAGGCCCGGGACAGCGAGUCGUCGAUCAAUUCCUACUCGAUCCGUAUCUCUAUCAGCCCUGGAUGCCAUGCGUUCGACCCGCUGGACGUGCAACUGGAUUCCCGACACUCGAUCGGCUGUACGCCCCGACGUAGCCUGACGGCCCAUCAGGAUUGGAAGGAGGUCAUUGAGACCCUGAAGGCCAAGUUUGACACGGUCAAACUACCCCAGUCAUUCAUUGCCGUCAACCUCAGCGACAAACAUGUGUCGCAGCCCAGCAGCCCCUAG